AUGAAUUUUGCCUCUUCUUCUUCAGUCCCCCCAUCAGGGUCUUCCAAAGACUACUCCAGUGUCGCCACCCAUAGCUCGAAGUCCCUCGAAUCUAGGCCCUUGGCCACAGAUAUGCUUCCAGGGCUGCCGGUUGUACAGGUGAAGCCCAUGGCUCUCGGCACUCCCGAGUUCGAGGAGAAGAGGGCUGCGUUGCUUGAAGCAUUUGCAGCAAAAGUUCCGGCGGAGCUGCGGCUGCCUUUGGAAGUUAUACAGGACCCCCCAACAGAUGUCACCUCGAUCCCAACAACUUGUGGUAUUUUAUCUCCAGAGGAAAUCAUCAUCACUGAGAAUUAUGAUGCAGUUGGCCUUCUUGAGGCAAUUGGACGUCGAAAGCACCCUGCGGUAGCAGUUGCCCAAGCGUUCUGCAAGCGUUCCAUCAUUGCGCAUCAGCUCACAUGCUGCCUCACACAAUGGUUCAUGGCCGAGGCCAUCGAGCAAGCUCAAAAGCUCGAUGCAUUUCUCGAGGCUCAUGGGAAGCCUAUCGGUCCAUUGCAUGGCUUGCCAAUAAGUAUCAAAGAUCACAUUCAAGUUGCCGGAACCUCUUCCUCACAGGGUUGUUUUAUCAGUAUCAGCGACGAUGGCCAAGAUGCAGACAUCGUGUCAAUCCUGCGUGCCCAAGGUGCCAUCAUUUACUGCAAAACGAACCAGCCUCAGUCACUGAUGCAUCUUGAAAGUGACUCUCACUGGGGAAGAGUCCUGAACCCUUUCAACAUUCAUCUGUCUGCUGGUGGUUCGACGGGAGCCUUACCUUUCGAUCCCAACGUCGUUCGGAUUCCGUGGAUUGGUCUUGAAACACAGUUCAAUCGGCGGCUCAAGGUCGGCAUCAUCAGCAACGAUGGCUUCAUCGAGCCUCAACCGCCAGUGAAGAGGGCAAUUUCGUGGGCCAGAAGCCUUCUGUCCGACAGCAAGUUUGCCAAUCUCAUCGAAAUGAAAGAGUUCAAAAUCUUUGGCGCGGAAGAGGCAUGGAACCAAGUCCGAAGACUUUACUGGCCCGACGGCGGGCAUCUCACCAAAAACGGCAUAAUCUCAUCCGGAGAACCUCUUCACCCUCUUACAGAAUGGAUCUACAGAGACGCAGAGCCCCUGGGCAUGCACACCGCCGUAGAUCUUACAGCCGUCCACAAACAGCGAGACGAUUUCCGACUUGCUUUUGCCAAAAGCUGGAGUGAGCAAGAUGUGGAUGUCAUUAUCGGGCCGUCGUUCGUAGGGCCAGCGUGUGCGCACGACACGGCCUUCUACUGGACGUACACCUCGCUCUACAACCUUGUCGACUACCCGGGAGCGGUUAUUCCCACGCCAAUUAGGGCUGAAUCUGGGGAAGUUUACGAUACGGGCUAUGUUCCGCUAAGCGAUGCUUGUCGACAUGUUAGAGAUUUGUGGGAGGAGGGUGAUUUUGGGGGUGCGCCUGUUAAUUUGCAGGUGGUGGCGAGGCGAUAUCACGAUAAUGAGCUUUUUGGGGCGUUGCGCGUACUGAAAGACGUAUUGGACUUGUCUUAA